AUGCCUGAGAUGAGUGAGCUCCCACCGGAAGCAAGUGUUGAUGAGCCUGGUGAAGCCGAUGCCGCGGAUGCAGAAGCGAUGCAGCCAUCACCUGUGAACAGGGCAGAACGUCCAGAUGCUGAGACAGGAAGCAGUGGCUACUUCUCGAAUUCCAACAGCUCCCAUAGUGACAGUGAUGCCAGUGACCCCUGCUUCUGGAAACCGAAGAGAUUCCAGAGCGACAGCAGCGCGGCGUCGGCCACUAGCUCGGAAUAUUGGCAGGCCGAAGCUCAGAAGCAAGCCGAACUUGAGAGGCUUACGGCCCAGGUUCCCUUGACUGAGGCUGGCAAGCCUACAUCCGUAGGGAGCAGCGCUCAUCCAAACGGCUGUUGCCCGUGCAUGUUCUUUGCCAAGCCUUCUGGAUGCAUUCGCGGGAUACAGUGCGAGUUUUGUCACUUCCCGCAUCAAGUCAACGUGAAGAAGCAUUUGUCUGCACAGAGGAGUGCAGCAUCUCGAAACGUAGCUCCGGCACGGGGCCAAGUGUUAUUGACAGGAUAG